ACAGAGACAGGCUCCAGCUGAGCAGAUACUGACCUACUUAGGGCUGUGACUCAGCUUAAAAACCUCGGCGCACCCCUGAGCCGGGAAAAGAGAAGAGCAAAACCACCGUCAAAUUCCCGAGCUGCCAGCCGGGCCGCCCCGCCCCGCCAGCCCCGGCGCCGGGUGCCUGCAGCUGCCCGGCUCCCCACAGGUCCCGGCCUUAGGGGCCACGGCGCACCCCUUCCCCGGUCCCAGCUGCGAGGAGGGCACCGCAGGUCCCCUCCGCCUCGGCACUGGCUGCAAGCAGGCCACUACACGGGCCCCAGCCCCGCUGCAAAGGGACAUCCCCUGCGCCCCCAGGGACGAGGCCCGGCCCCCCGCACCCCGGCCCGGCCGCAGCCAAGGCGCUGCCCGGCCCGGCGGCUCCUACCGGGGGCGUAUCCCCGGCGCCGGGCGAGCCGAGCCGAGCCGCACCGCCCGUCGCACGUACCGGCUCGGAGCAGGGCCCCAGCUCCCAGUGCCACCAGCGCGGUGCCGAGGCCCCGCCAGCCCCCGCCGAGCAUGGUGCGGCGCCCCGCCCGCUGCCCAGGCCCGGUUACCUUCGCUCCCCGCCCUCGGCCGGCCCCGGGAGGCGGCGGCGGCGGCGACCGGCACGGCCCGGCCCGGCCCCGGCCGGCGUGCGGCGGGGGCGGUGCUGCGCCCGGCCGGCCCCUUCCCUCCGGGUACUCUCUCGGCACGCCCGGGCCGGGCGGUUCGCUAGCACGGGUAAGGAGCGGAGGGGAGGGGGCUGCCCCGGGCAACCCGCAGCGGGCAGGGAGGAGAGCGGGGCCGGAGGAGAGGCAGAGGCGGCGGCGGGGCGCCGGGCCCGGUAAGGACAGCUCAAGGUCGGUCGCCCUCCCUGAGGAAGGAAGUCCGCUGCGGCCAUGGCCUCCUCCAAGCCCUUGUCCCGGUUUUGGGAGUGGGGCAGGAACAUCGUCUGUGUAGGGCGCAACUACGCGGAGCACGCCAAGGAGAUGGGCAGCGCGCUGCCCCGGGAGCCUCUCUUCUUCCUCAAGCCCUCCUCGGCCUACGUUCGUGAAGGCUCGCCCAUCCUCCGGCCCUACUACUGCAACAACCUGCACCACGAAGUGGAGCUGGGAGUGGUGAUCGGGAAGAGAGCCCAGGCCGUGUCCCAGGAGGCUGCCAUGGAGCACGUGGCAGGCUAUGCCCUCUGCCUGGACAUGACGGCCAGGGACACCCAGGAGGAGUGCAAAAAGAAAGGUCUGCCCUGGACCUUGGCUAAGGGGUUUGGUUCAUCAUGCCCAGUCAGUGACUUUGUGCCCAAAGAGAAGAUCCCAGACCCUCACAAGCUGAAGAUCUGGCUGAAGGUGAAUGGAAAGCUGAGGCAGGAGGGAGAGACCUCCUCCAUGAUCUUCUCUAUCCCAUACCUCAUCAGCUACAUCAGUGAAAUACUCCCUCUGGAAGAAGGGGAUUUGAUUCUGACAGGGUCUCCCAAAGGAGUUGGAUCUCUGCAGGAAAACGAUGAGAUAGAGGCCGGGAUAAGCGACAUCCUCUCCAUGCGGUUUAAGGUGGCACAACAAACACGUAGAGCCUGACAGGGACCCUGCCUGCAUAGGAGGAGGCUCUUCGGGGAGUAUCUGAUGAACGGAGAGACACAAAAACCGUCCUAAACACUCACAUGGCCCAAGCUGUAAUGGACUGUCAUGCAUCAAAGACACACAACCCAUGAACUCAAAAGGCAUUUGAAACAGCCCCAUUUCCGUGGAGGCUUCAGCCUGCUCCGUGGCUGUGAACCUGGAGGCUGCACCAGCUUGGGGCAGAUGGUUAAUGCCUAAACUGUACCUUGGAACCAGUAAUGGAGACAGCAUGUGGGGCAGCCAGGGAGGAGAGCUGGGCUGGCUGGUGCUGCGCCCGUGCAUCUCUUCUGUUGAUGUUCUGAACUUUGCCAGUUUAUUGCCUUAAGAUAAAAUCAUAAAUUCAACCAUUGAAAUGGUGAGGUAGGAGUGAAAGUUCACCCAUGCUAUGGAAAAUCAAAGAUGUAUGUGUAACAGUCAAGAGUUCCAGCUUAAGAAAGAAUUGCUCUCCUUGGGGUAUUCUGCAAGAAAAAGAUGUUUGCUUUUUAGAUUAGCUUCACGAUUCCUCUGUGCGCUUUUCACAUGUACAAAUGAAGUGAGGAUUGCUUUCCCUCCCGCUCUGAGGGCUGUAAUGCAGCAGGAAGUGUGCCAGAUGCUUGGCAGACUUUUUUUCCUAAGUUGAGCUUUAAAUAUGCUUCUAAAAGUGAAAUAAUAUGAAAGAUCAAGAAUAAAGCAGCUCAUUGGUAAAGAUCA